UUGGUUUUCCGCAUGGAAUGUCCACAUCACUGGGAUCUCCGGGAAAAGGCAGAGAGGUGAAAGAAUUGAGGCCCAUCUUGAUCUCAGAGGAUUGUAAAAGGAAAGGACAGAGGUCCCUGGGACAGACAAAAGCUCUUGAUUGUAAAGGAACGGCAAUACCAGCACUUAAAGGAGACAACCAGAGAAAGGGAAGUGUUCUUUCUUAAAGAGGAGCUGAAUGAGCUGAAGGCAAUCGCGCUGUUGCUUGUGAAGGAGCAACAGCGUUUGGAGAAGCUCCUGAAGGAGCAUCAGUGUUAUGUCAAAGCACUGAGUGCCAUCGCCGACAGUGUUGACCCGGAGGUCAGGCCGGCAAAAGAGAGGCACCAGCAGCAGCGGCUAAAUCCAAUGCAUCCCGAGGGGGAGCGACACAAUCGAGAAUUCCAGCACUCCUACCGCACCAUGACGGCUCAACUCGCCGAGGGGGCGACUCAAAACCAGUCGAUGCGGCAGCAGAAUAUGAGCGUCGGCCGCCGAAUCGAUGCUCUAGAAGAGAGGAGAAAUUCCACAAGGGAGAAGGAUGUGGAACUUCGGGAGCCGAGUGAUCGAGACGCCGGGCAGCCUGGGUCACUGUCAGAAGUAGAAGUACUAAGGAGACGGGUGGUGGAAAUGGAAGGGAAGGACGAGGAACUUAUCCGCAUGAGCGACCAGUGCCGGGAUCUGGACUGCAGACUGGUGAAGGAGACCAAAAACUGUUUUAGCCUGAAGGUUGAGGUGGACAGGCUAAAUUGUAGACUCAGCGAACUGGACCGGAUAGAAGAGGCUUUUGGUAAAAGCAAAAAAGAGUGUUGCAGUCUGCGGGAAAGUUUGGAAAGAGAGAGAGAUGUGAGCAAGGUGCUGACGGGUGAAGUGGACUCCCUGAAGGUCAGAGUGAAGGAGCUGGAGUCAAGUGAAGGUCAGCUGGAGAAAAGCGAAGCAGCGAUUAGACGAGACCUGGCAACACUAAGGUCGCUUACGGCGGCCUUGGUGGAGGACAGGAAGACCGUGUCCGAGAGGCUGCAGCAAGCUGAGGAAAAGCUUGGUGGGCGGGGGAGCAAGAGGGAAGAGGAGGCGCUGAGCUCCAAGGCAGAUGUGGUGGAAAGGAUAAAUGGCAUGGAGAAGGAAAGGGAUGAGCUCCAGGCAAGACUAAUAGCAGAGGAGCAGAGAAAUUCAGAGCUAGAGAGUAAAACGGCCAUGAUGAGGAAAAGGUUGCAGGUUUUGGAAAAUAGGAGAGAGAAGGAAGAGAAGUACGCACAAGGCUCCAUCCCUAACAAUGCCAGCCCUCGCUGUCAAUCAGAAGAAAACAAAGUCAAACAGCUCACAUGGGAGCUGGAGAGGCUACAAAAAAGACUACAGGACAAAGAGAUGAUGGAGAAAGAACUGCUGAAGGUAGAAGAUGACUACGAAUCUCUAGAAAAGAGACUCAAGGAUGAACAGAUGAAAACCAAGUCUUUAAUAAAAGAACUGGAAAUGGCCAAAAAAGAGCUUUCCGGGUACAAGCAGGCAGAGAAGCAGGAGGUCAACCAAGAGCAUCUCCUUCUUUGUCGCCUUCAGAAGGAACAGGUCAAGUCCAGACUGCUCGGGAGAGAAGUCAACACCCUGAAGGAGCAACUGCAGAAGCUGAUGGGGACAGAAGAAUCCAUCAGCAGGGUGCAGACGGAUCACUCUGUGCUCCAGGGUAAGCUGACCCAACAAGAGGCCAAGAACAGGGAACUAGCCCAAGAGAUGAGGGAACUGGGUGGUGAACUCGACAGAUACAGACGAUUGAAGAACCUAACGCCAGGUGAGAACGAAGAGCACAUUGCAAACCUUUACCACACCACCAAGGAGGUGCAAACCGAUUCCGCAGACAAUCUGCCUUCAGAUUGCCAAACCCCAUCAACAAUUAAUGAAACAUUUGACGAGAAAGGCGAUAAGGAAGAUACAAACCACAACGUAGAAAUCACGGACAGCCGAGGAUCAAGUCUCAUCAACAACCUCAACAGCUUAAACAGUGCCAACAACAUUGUGAGCCAAAACAGAGGACACCCAGCCAACGGGCUCAAUGUGCACCAAGCGCCUAACGGUGAUGUGAUGAUGCUAACCCACACACCCGGGCAGCCCCUGCAAAUUAAGGUUACCCCUCAUCACAUUCUCAACACCGCCACCCUUGAGAUUAGCAGCCCAACCUCUGAUGCAUCUGCCUCUUACACCAGCACGGCCUUUAUACCGUCUGGUGGAAACACACCAAACCAAAGAAUCACCAUCAUCCAGAAUCCGCUAACCACUAAAAGCCCACCAUCGAGUCCCGAUCGCACCCUUUCCCUGCUUAGCGGAACACCCAUCUCUCGAGUGAUGAGCCCAAAUUCAUCCCGUUCGGCGACCCCCGACCUUCCCAUCCAGAUUCUGACCGUCCAAACUUGUUCCCCGGAGCCGACAGACAUGGGGAACCAAGCCGCCACGUUCUGCAAGACCCCCGAGCGGCAAAACAGCUGGCACCACGUGUGCGCCAACAGCAGCCCCGACUCGAGUCCUAGCAUCAUCACCACAGAGGACAAUAAGAUCCACAUCCACCUAGGGAGUCCUUAUCUCCCGCCUCACGGCAUGGCGCCACCUGUCGGGCCGUACUACCUUCGACACGAGCAGAGGACUCAAGUACUCGCCAAUGGCUGCCACGUAAAAGGUGUUGGCAAGAUUACCAGUAGCAUUACCAUAUCUCCUGCCGCUUCUCCUGGCUCACACUCGUCCAUGUAAUACGAUGAGGUCAUAUCGUAAACAUUGUGAACACUGAGUACUAUCUAUCUUCUGCGACUAUACAAUUUCCUAUGAUGACACGCCAUAUUUGUACAAUACCUAGUUUUUAUGUACCACCUGUAUGACAACUACAACACUGUUUCAAUACAAUCCCUUAACUCUUAAA